UAAAUAAAUAUUAUUUUAUAUAAUUGAGUUUCAAUGUGAAUAAAAAUUUACACAUAUGGGUUUCACAAAGAUAUUAAAACGCAUGCUUUAUGCAAAUUUUGCAUCAUGCAGUUCUAAAACAUUAGGAAUACUAGCACCAUUAACAAUACCACCAUUACAUAUUGCAUUUUUGUAUUAUUUUUGGCAAGAAUAUUCAAGAGAUGUAGAUAAACAAUAUUGUUCUUGUUCAUGUUGGGACACAGUAUUUAAGGGAUCAUAUGAAUCUGGCAUUGCUUCUUAUAAACAUAUGUAUUUUAAUGCUACAUCAAAUACUUUAAAAAUAUGGAUCACAAUUGUAAUUGGAGUUAUCAUUUUCUAUGAAGUAGUGAAACAUUUAACAUGGCUGGCUUUUCAUAAUCGUCUUAGACUUUCUAUGAUGGUUCUUUUUUCAACUGCUAUAUUUUCACAUUAUUAUACUUGGUGGGUUUAUAUGAAUUAUUGGAAUGAUGAGUUCUAUUCUCAAUGGUACCAUCAAUUGUUUUUUUCUGUCACUGAGUUGAUGUCUACUUUUUUGGUUGUUCACUUGGCAAAUAAUAAAAAUCCAGUAACUCAUAGAAAAGCAUUUGGUAUAGCUGCAAUAGCUAUUUUACAUAUUGUAGCGGGUGGUUGGGAUCAAUUUGUUGCUAAUGUUGUCAGAGGAGAAGGGUAUGCCCAUCAGGUUGUACGUGAUCUUGGAUUUAUGAUCCCAGAUAUUCUCCAUGUUGCUAUUCCAUUAUGGGCAGUAAAAUGGAAAAAUAUAUAUAAUCUUCCUGGUUCUACCAAACGAGAUCCAAGUAUCAAAAGAGAUCUAGCUUAUAUGUUAGGGAUGAUAUGCAUAGGAUUAUGCAUUUGUGCCAUAUUAUAACUUAGCUCUUAUAAUGCCUAAGAAUAGUGUCUUAAAAAUAAAAUAAUAAUUUAAUUUAACUUAUU